GUUCUAUGGUACAAAGGAAACCGUCUCUAGCACAGAUCUUGUUAAUGAUAUGACGUGGCACUGUCGUCUUCGCCGCUAGCAAAAUUCUAUCGUUUAUACUUCGAGUGCUUGUGCUGGGUUACGUAAACAAUUCAUUAAAUCAAAUAUAAUUGUUUUGAGUUAUUGUCUUUUUUCGAGACUUGAAUCUUCAGUCCGCGUCUUAAAGGUUGCCUAACCACACCAGUGAUUUCUAUGGCGAAGUCCAGUAACGGUCUGACGGCUGUUGGCCUGUCUUUUUUGGGAGCGUUUUUAGUCAUCUUGGCGUUCGUGACGAAGAGCUGGUUGGUCACGGAUGGACAAUUAAAACAUCCGAAAUUCGAUAGGAUUGGUCUAUGGGUAGUAUGUUUUAAAGAUUUUGAAGACCCUCAUCAUUGGUACGACACAAGAUUCCAUAGUUGUUGGUGGGUGUUUGAAGAAGAAUAUUAUAUUAUCAAUGAUAUUUUAUUCAAAGGUUUUUAUAUUGCCACUCAGUUUUUUUUUUCAACUUGUGUUCUUUUCACUGUGUUUGGUUUAUUCUACUCUUGGCUUUAUAUGAAUCUAAAUAGAGCUCAUGAACGUUAUGUUCAAAUUCUAUUUAGAGCGGCAAUACUUUACUUAGCUGCAGCUAUAUGCAGUACUAUUGCUCUGAUUAUAUUUGGAUUAUAUGGAGACAGUAGAGUAUGGUUGCCAAAUUGGGAACACAAUGAUAUAGGAUGGAGCUAUGGAGCAGCAGUCGCAGGAACUAUUGCCCUUUUUGUCAGUGGAGUAUUGUAUGGAAUAGAGUGUCGGGUACACAUGAUUAAACGUAAAAAAAUUGCUAACCGAAGAGACAAUUACAAAUAUGGUGCAGAUGACAUAAAACAAAUGUCUUACACUGACAUAUAAAUGUUUAAAUUUUAUUUUCAAAUCACCAGUAGCAGCAUCUGCAUGUUUUCAUUAAUUUAUAUUUAAAACGGAAGCUGCCAUACAAAAAUUUCUGAUGCCUCUUAAUUAGUCCUUAAUUUUAGCCCAAGAACAGCGUCUCUCUUAAUGAAUAUGUACAGUGAUAACUUCUUCAAUGUAGAUUCGUUGAUAUUUUUCAAAUAUCUGAUUCACUUUGCAUAGAAAACACUGUAUUUGUUUUGGAUACCAAAUAUUAAGAGCCAGUUUUCCAAAUUUUUCACUAAUGAAUAACUCUUAGGCCUUGUGGA